UUUCGUUCCUAUGCUCUCCACGCGACUUCCUCAAAUCUUUAUUUCAGGCUCGACCGCGAACUGGUCGAGGCGCGCGGCCCGCUUUUUUACCGUCCGAUACGACGCUUCUAAAUUUGAAUCUUCUACGGAGCAGUGCGAAUCGACGGCUCGCACGUGAAAAAUAUUUUAAGAAAGAACGCGCGUUUCUAGUCAUCGUUUCUAGUCAGCCAGGAUAUUCUAACCUAGCUAAUCUGAUUCCUGGUAAGCUGGAUCCUGAAGAAUUGUUUUAUCGGCGCUCGUGUACAUUAAUACAAGCUGACGGACUCGUAAAAGUGAAUAAAAUAUAGAGAGAAAGUAUCGAUAUCACGAUAUAUCGAAGCAGAAGGAAAAAGGAAGUGAAAGAAAGCGAAGAAGAAAAGACUGGAAUAAAGGAAGUUCUUAUUGCCGUUAUUGCCGUUGUUGUCGUUGUCGUUGUCGUCGACUGUUGUUACGAAGCAAAACGUGAUUGGCUUAUUGUCGAACCGACAAAAUCCGGCAUGCAAAGCAAGUGACGCGUGUUGAUGGAAUCGUUAAAAACGAGUGCAAGUUGAUUCGUGCCAAAAACUAUGUGUUAUUCCUACGUAAUCGUUUCGAAGAGAAGUUUUGUUUUGAUCUUAAAGUUGUACCUUUCGCGAGGGUGUUAGUGGGGAGAUAUCGAUUGCGGGACCAUUGACGUCCGUUCUGGAGAACGAGCUUUUCUCCUCGCACUUUUGACUAAGCUAACCUCUUGAUAAUUGUAUUUUCUCAUAUAUAGAUAUUAAAUACAUGUAUACACAUAUUGUAUAUAUAUAUAAAUAUAUAUAUUUCCUACAUGUGAGUGUUUCAUACGUGUACAUGACAUUGAAUGAACAUUAGAUGCUGAUUAAUUUUUAAAAAAAGCUUGAAAAACGUGCCUGUACUAAAUUGAAUUGUUACUGUGACUGAAGAUUAUUCUAUAAAUCUCUAGUUUGAUAUUUCUCGAAAGAGAAAAAGAAGUGGGUCUGAAAACAAAUAAAUCAUCGCAUAAUAUAUCUCUAUGAUCGUAACUCGAUUGAAAAAUCACUUUUACGAGUCCAAAUUUUAUCAAAAGAUACAUGAUAUUUUGAUAGAGAAUAAAUGUGUGGAAUUUUGAAUAUCGUGUGACCGAGUGCCUCAAUUGCAAUCCUCCAAUUAUAUUGUGACAACAUCUGUGAAGAGAGUGCGAUUUCGCCAUCUUUGUUUUGAUAUCGAUUCAGUGUGCGCAAGAAGAUCGAUCGAUUGGCGAACGACCUGUCGAGAUGUUCGACUGAUCGAGCUUACUUCGAGUCGUGUUUUUAAUAUUCCAUCCAGUGGUUCCGAAGAACUGUCUCAUCUUUAUAACGCCGUACAAAAAUGGGUCGGAAGAAGAUUCAAAUUUCGCGCAUUACGGACGAACGGAAUCGUCAGGUGACUUUCAACAAAAGGAAGUUCGGGGUAAUGAAAAAAGCAUAUGAGUUGUCAGUACUAUGCGACUGUGAGAUCGCUCUGAUUAUCUUCAGUUCGAGUAACAAGCUAUAUCAAUAUGCGAGCACCGACAUGGACAAGGUUCUUCUCAAGUACACCGAGUACAACGAACCCCACGAGUCUCUCACCAACAAGAAUAUCAUCGAGGCACUCAACAAGAAGGAACAUAAGGGCGCCAUGUCCCCGGAAAGUCCGGAGCCUGACGCGAUCGAGUACAAUCUUACUCCGCGCACCGAAGCCAAAUACACGAAGAUUGACGAGGAAUUCCAACUAAUGAUGCAGAGGCACCAACAUAACGGCACUCGGGCAAUGGGACAAUCUAAUUACUCUCUACCUGUAUCCGUACCAGUGAAUAGUUAUGGCGAAUCUCUACUUGGAUCUAGUCCUCAAAUAGCGCAUACCAGCAUUUCUCCAAGACCGUCGUCUUCUGAAACAGAUUCAGUGUAUCCACCAGGAGGGAUGUUGGAAAUGAGUAAUGGGUAUCCACCAUCAGCAUCACCAUUAGGAGGUUCACCUAGUCCAGGUCCUUCGCCGGCACUAGGAGUUGGAGGAGGCAGUGCAAACAAAGGCAGUAAUCCGUCUAGGCAUUCGCCGCAACCUCCACCUCCUCCACCGCCGCCUCAUCCUCACAGGACUAAUCUUCGAGUAGUUAUACCAACACCCCUUACACAACCUCUCUCCGAAGAUACUAGUUAUGAUAGUGGCCAUACACAAUCUGCAUUAAAUACACCGGUAGUAGCAUUGCAAACACCAUCAGUUCCAGCCGGAUAUUCUACUUUCGGACCUACCGAUUAUUCCUCGGACCUUGGAAGUUUAGCCUGGUCUCAUCAGAGGUACGUUGAUGACUUAUCAAUGUAUUCGGCAGCCACCAUGUCCAGUAUCAGUGGUCUUCCUCAUCUAGCCGUAUCAAGCAGUACACCACCGCCUGCCACAUCGCCAUUACCAGUGAAAAUAAAGAGUGAACCGAUUAGUCCACCUCGAGAUCCUCACGGUGGCAACAGUGGCUCAAAUAGUAGUGGGCCGAGUAAUACUAGCAACCUUCAUCAUACGGCCCUGAAUGUUGGACCUUCGUCGAGUACCGGUGCACCACCUCCACAUCAUGUAUCUCAUCCCGGCCCACAAUCGUUGAAUCUUGUGUCGAACAGACCUAGCAGUAAUCCACCACCGUCUCAUUCCGGAAGUAUAACACCGACAAAUCUUCCGUCUCCAGGUAGUGCAACGGUGGCAGACAUUCGAACGAGUCAUUCGAAUACCGGAGGAAAUGGUGGGAACAACUCAGACUAUGAGAAUGGACCACUUAUGAAGCGUUCCAGGAUCACUGAGGGCUGGGCGACUUAA